AUGGUAGAGAUGUCGUCAUUGUGUACAGUGGAGCCGCCUGCCUGCUGCUCUCCACACGCUUCAGUUUCGUCCGCGUCAUCGUCACCAUCACUGAUUUCAAUGGAGGUUUACAUAGCUGAGGCUUCCCUUCUGACGAAUAUGGAACAAUGUAGCAGCUCUUUGGAUCUUGAUCACAUUAUGGACGGAUUGAGGCGCCUAGCUAUCUUUGAGGCCGACAUUCAACGACGAUUGUUUUGCCAUGAGUGUCAUGACUUGAUAGCAUUUAGCAAGAGCCCUGAGCCCGAAAACGCGGUCAGGCUCGAAAUAGCCCCUUUGGCCGGUAGCGAUUACGUGGAAAAUUUGCUUGUCAUGAACUGCGAUAAGAAAAAAUCCAACUACUAUCAUCGUAAUCGUGAGAUCCCAGAAGAAUUUGUCGGCCACGUCUUUCUCACAUUCGCCUCAUCAUCGUCGUGCCUCAACAUACCACUAUUGGCAUUACACACUGUUAGCGCUCAAAUUGUGACGCGAUUGAGUGACCCGUAG